GAGAUUUUUACCACCAUGACUCAAUAUAGCCGCCGGAAGUUGCUUGCUCAUCCCCAUCAGACAGUUUCAAAGAUGGCUCUCGCUAGUGUGUUAAACAAUGAUUAUGCGGAUUUUUCUUUCGAUAAUAAUCGUCAACCUUUUGGUUUCGGCUGUGGAUCGGAACAGAGCGGUGUGGGGUUCGACUCCACGCCGGGAGACGGGCUCAGUUUCUCCGUUAAGAGCGCGCUGAGUGGCGGAGAGGAUGACGUCGAGAGGAAGAUCGAGUUCCUGCACGGAACCACCACGUUAGCUUUCAAAUUCCAGCAUGGCGUCAUUGUAGCGGUGGACUCUCGGGCCACAGCGGGCUCCUACAUCGCCUCGCAGACAGUGAAGAAAGUGAUCGAGAUCAACCCCUACCUGCUGGGUACCAUGGCCGGAGGAGCCGCAGACUGUAGCUUCUGGGAGCGCCUGCUGGCCCGCCAGUGCCGCAUCUACGAGCUGCGCAACAAGGAGCGCAUCUCGGUGGCGGCCGCCUCCAAGCUGCUCGCUAACAUGGUGUACCAGUACAAGGGCAUGGGACUCAGCAUGGGAACCAUGGUGUGUGGCUGGGACAAGAGAGGUCCAGGGCUCUACUACGUCGACUCAGAGGGGAACCGGGUGUGCGGCGACCUGUUUGCGGUGGGCUCGGGCUCCAUGUACGCCUACGGCGUGAUUGACAGCGGCCUCCGACAGGACAUGACCGUGGAGGAAGCCUGCGAGCUAGGCCGCCGCGCCAUCUACCAGGCCACAUUCCGCGACGCUUACAGUGGAGGGCAGGUCAACCUGUACCACGUCCACAGCGAGGGAUGGACCCGGGUCUCCCAGGAGGACGUGCUCAUGCUGCACCAGCAGUACAAGGGUCAAGCAUAGUCAUAAAAAAUCAAGAGGGGUCCAGGAAGUGGGGAGAGAGAGUAGGGAGCGUUAGGAGUUUAGUAUGUUUAAGAUGUUCUCAAUGUCAGUAGGGUUGACAAACAAACAAAUAAAAAAAAAAGGACUCAUCUGCCAAUUGAUUUCCACUUGCUUUACUUCUGUGACCCAUUUUGACUUGUUGCCAGCUUAUAGCUUUAUAUUGUACAUUUUUAACAACACCAGUGAGCUCCACUCACCCUGCACACAGUGUGAUAUGAGGAGCAGCAUAGAAGGGGCCGAUGACUCAAACAGGCUCUAAUACAGUGUGGGAGUAGUGUGGCGCUUGCUCUACAUACAUUUAAUUCGGAUCAUACCCUCGGAAACUACAUCUUUCUCAAUAAAACCUGUCUUUUUUCCAAGA